AUGGACGAAGCGAAAAACAUGGCAUUACUCUUUUUCAUGGAUCAUCUGAUGCAGAAGAAUGGCAGGCGUACGAUUCACGAUCUUAGCUGUCAGUUUGGCGCACGUGGUUUUACCGCUGAAAUGCGCGAUGCUGUUGGUACAACACAGGAGGGCCUAACGGAUUUCCUCAACCAGCACCCUUCGCUGUUCACCGUCGAAGGCGAUCAGGUUUGCUUAAAUGGAUUCGGUGAUAUGACGGCCAAGAAUAACCCCUUAUUGCAAGCAACAGCAAACGCCAGGAAUCGCGAUUACGUCAAAGAAGCAGUGCAGUUUUUUGAAGCAAAGCUGCAAAAAUUUGGACCCGAAUUGCAGAUCAAAAGUUUGCUUGGUCAUCGUUCGCAAGCAGCACCGGAAGUGCGCCUGGUGUCCGGAAGGCAUCUCAAGGAUUUCUGCGAAUUCCUCCAAUCCCAGAGUGAUUAUUUUGUGGUUGAAGGUGAUCGUGUGCGGCUAAAAAAUAUGCCGGAGCCCAGUAAUGCUGGUAUUGAGUUGGAUGAUGAAGGCAAACCAUUAGCUGGUGUCAAGGCCAAGCAAGCCGCAGUCGAAUAUCUUAAAUCGGUUGUAGAGCAGAAUGAGGACCAACCGAUACCGAUGGAUGUAUUCUAUCAAAAAUUUUGUGAUCGUUUCUCACAUACAGUAAGGCAAGAAGUGGCAACCAAUCCGAAAGAGCUGCUUCAAUUUUUGAAACUUAAUCGUAAUGUGUUCUUCAUUAGAUCUAACAAGGUUUCCCUUGUGAAAAACCGGGCAUCAGAAGAUGGUUCAGAAAGCGGCUCCACCGAAAGCUCGGAAAUGGAAAAUAACAAUCACCUAAAUCAUAAUGCUGUCAAUAGGAUCAAUCUCGUAAAAGCUCUCAAACCUGCCCAGGAAGCGGUAUCAUUGUUAAACUCAGAAAUUGACGGGAUGGAGGAACGAGUUGUUGGAGUUGAUUUCAAGACCGUUACUAUUGGUGUGCAAGGCGAAGAGUUUCUGUCGCUGGUUGUUUUGGCUACGGCCACACAAAUUGUCGUAUUCGACGUUGUCCAUAGUGACACUGUAUUGCUGGAAAGUGGCGUCAAGGAGAUUUUGGAAUCUGAGAAGAUAGUAAUUCAUGAUGCGAAGAGAGUUGCUACAUUGCUUGCGCAUCGCUAUGCAGUUAAUCUUAGGAAAAUUUUUGACACUCAGGUAGCGCAUGCCAUUUUGCAGCAUGAGAAAUUCGGCAAGGCGCUGACUGAUAUGCGUCCUAUAUCAUUUUUAAAUCUUCAGAGGGUCUACUAUCCACAGUCAAUUAUGAUGUCUGACGCAACUCCAAGGAAGCUUUCUCAAUCCCCAAGCUGGGGCUUAAGACCGAUAACGGAAGAUUUCCUGGUAACUGUUGUUGAGGAAGCGCAUUGUCUGGUGACGGUGCUGUAUCGCCUGAUGAGCACUCUGUUGCCGAAGCAUCUACGAUCUCUGUUUGAUGAGAAAUGCCUGAAAGCAUUGAUCCCGAGUGCGAAUCGGCCACCACCGGCAGUCUUCCAGACGAACGGUACCACGCCGUUCCGGUCACCGAGGCGAGGAGUUGUAGCGCCAAUUGUGAGCAGUGUCAUCGUACCGCCACCGGUUGUUCCAACGCCACCGCGGCAUUUGAUCGAUGCCUCAACGCAGACAUUCUCAACGGGCGAAAUCAACGUCCUAAAUGUAUUUUACGACAAUUAA